CAGCAACACGCCUCCGAUGAGUCUCGACUGCUGGAACCAAAGAAGAAGAAGAAGGAAGCGGCAGGUGAUGGUGUGCUAGCAGCUCCUGUGCGCUGUCAGGCCCUUUUUGCUAAUUAAAAACUAAACAAUAAUGUCGCUUUCAACCGCACGUUCAUUCCUAUCUGAGGCCUGCUAUGGAGAACAGGAGCUCGACGCUAACUCCGCUCUCAUGGAGCUGGAUAAAGGGCUGCGGUCGGGGAAGCUCGGGGAGCAGUGUGAGGCUGUGGUGUUGUUCCCCAAACUCUUCCAGAAAUACCCAUUCCCCAUCCUCAUCAACUCGGCGUUUCUGAAACUAGCGGACAUCUUCAGACUCGGCAACAACUUUCUGCGCCUCUGUGUGCUGAAAGUAACACAACAGAGCGAGAAACAUCUGGAAAAGAUUCUCAACGUGGAUGAAUUUGUUAAAAGGGUGUUUUCAGUCAUCCACAGCAACGAUCCAGUGGCCAGAGCCAUCACCCUGAGGAUGCUUGGCAGUUUGGCCUCCAUCAUCCCAGAGAGGAAGAACGCCCACCACAGUAUUCGCCAGAGCCUGGACUCUCAUGACAAUGUGGAGGUGGAGGCUGCCAUUUUUGCUGCUGCGAGCUUCUCUGCACAGUCAAAAGACUUUGCUGCUGGAAUUUGCAAUAAAGUCAGUGAAAUGAUUCAAGGUUUAGACACUCCAGUGGAGCUGAAGCUGAAGUUGAUCCCCAUGCUGCAGCACAUGCAUCACGAUGCCAGCUUGGCAUCCAGCAGCAGAGAACUUCUACAGCACCUGGUCAACUCUUACCCCUCCACCCCCAUGGUCAUCGUCUCACUGCACACCUUCACCCAGCUGGCUGCCUCUUCCCUCAUCGAUAUCCCCAAGCAGUUGCAGCUCCUUCUUCAGUAUCUCAGAGAUGAUCCAAGAAAAGCUGUGAAGAGACUUGCAAUUAAUGAUUUGAAGCUCCUGGCUAAAAAGGCUCCUCACCUGUGGAUCAGAGAAAACACUCAGACUCUGUGCGAGUGUGCUUUGACCAUCCCUUACGACAGUUUAAAGCUGGGGAUGUUGUCCGUCCUGUCCACCCUCUCUGGAACAAUAGCAAUAAAACAGUAUUUCAGUAACGUGGCAGCUGGCUCUUCGGUUCCCCCUCGCCUCACUGACCUGGUUAAACUGGCACAAGAAUGCUGUUACCACAGCAACCUGGCAGUGGCUGCACACGGGGUCGUAGUGCUCUCGAACAUUGCCAUUUCCUGUCCAGAGAAAGAUAUAGUUCAGUUGGAGCAGGACACAGUUUUGGGAGUGGAGUCUCUUCUGAUGCUCUGCAGUCAAGACAGCAGCUCCGGUUCACAGGCCACACUCAAAACGGCCCUCACCUCGUUGGUUAAGCUGCUGAAGAGUCGGCCCCAUCUCAGUCAGUCAGCCGUGGAGUUCCUGCUGGGGCAGCUCCACUUAUCCUGCGACUCCUCCCGAGUCCUCAUGUGCCACGCUCUGGCGGCCAUUGCCACCCACCUGCCCGUGCUGGGGGACGGUAUGCUCGGAGACCUGGUGGAUCUCUACAGGGUGGCCAGUCACUCUUCCACUGACAAGCAGCAAGAGCUCCUGGUUUCCCUGGCGACGGUCAUUUUCGUUGCCAGCCAGUCGUCUCUGUCAGCCGAAGUGAAGACGGUCAUCAAACAGCAGCUGGAGAACGUUGCUAACGGCUGGACGGUGUACCGCAUCGCGCGGCAAGCCUCUCGCAUGGGUUGCCACGAGUUCUCCAGCGAGCUGUACCAGUGUCUGCGGACUCGCGUGGCGUCGGAGCACUUCUACUUCUGGCUGAACAGCCUGAAGGAGUUCUCCCAGGCCGAGCAGUGCCUGAGUCACGUGGAGGACAAAGACUACAGCGGAGCUAUGAGCGCCAUCGCCGAGGCCCUGCGCUCCUACCAAAAGGGCAUCGCCUCCCUCACAGCGGCCAGCACUCCUCUGAGCCCACUUACUUUCCAGUGCGAGUUCAUUAAGCUGCGGAUCGACACCCUGCAAGCCCUGUCGCAGCUCAUUUGUACCUGCAACAGCCUGAAAACCAGCCCUCCACCGGCCAUCGCCACCUCCAUCGCCCUCACCUCAGGAAACGACCUGCAACGCUGCGGCCGCAUCGCAAUGCAGAUGAAGGUGUGCAUGGACGAGUUCCGAAGUCUCGCCGCUCGCUACGCUGAUUUACACCAGUCCUCGUUCGACGCCGAUUACGCCACCCUACGCAACGUGGAGUUACAACAACAGAGCUGUUUGCUCGUCUCCCAUGUAAUUGAAGCUUUGAUCCUGGACCCCCAGGCAGCCAGUUUUCAGGAGUACGGCACUCUGGGCUCGGUCCAGACGGAGAGCGGGUAUGAGCGACGGAUGAUGUCAGUCUUCAACCACGUGCUGGAGGAAGUGGAAGGCCUCACCAAGAAACACCCUCCUGUUUCACACCUGCAUACGAGUUGUCUCUGUGAUGCCGUCAUAGCUUUGCUGAAGGUGCCUCUGUCUCUACAGAGGUACUUCUUCCAAAAGCUCCAGUCGACCAGCAUUAAGCUCGCCCUCUCUCCAUCCCCACGAACGCCGACUGAGCCGAUCCCAGUGCAGAACAGUCAGCAGCUGACCCUGAAGGUGGAGGGUGUGGUACAACACGGCUCAACCCCAGGUCUGUUCAGGAAGAUCCAGUCUGUGUGUCUCAACGUCACCUCAGUUCUCCAGAGCAAGACGGGACCUGACUACAAGAUUCCUCUUGAUACCAAAACGAAUGAGAUCGAGCAGCGCGUGGAACCUCACAACGACUACUUCAGCACCCAGUUCGUGCUGAAUUUCUCCAUCCUGGGCACCCACACCGUCACUGUGGAGGCCUCCGUGGUGGACGAGAGCGGCACCGAGUGGAAGACGGGACCCAAGACGACCGUCUCGGUCAAGUCUCUGGAGGACCCUUACUCCCAGCAGCUCCGCCAUCAGCUGCAGCAGAGCGGAGCUCAGCCUGCCCCACAGAGGGGUGCAUACGCUCGCUUCUAAGCGCUUUACAGCUUGUGUACUUGAUCUGUUUUUGUUUUUUUUGUGUGUUUUUUUGCCCUGUAGACACUGAAUAUGUAAAUAUUUUUUCAACAAUUAAAAGACAAUAUUUCAUUUUA